AGAGAGAAAUGGACAAACAUCUCACAGACAGUGACUGAUGUGGAUGUUUUACUGUCAAAUUCACAACCAGAGCCCAAGACCAGAGCUGGAUUCUUAAAAUAUUCACGUGAAAUCACACUGGAUCCAAACACAGCACACACAAAGCUGUUAUUAUCUGAGGGGAACAGGAAAGCAACAGUAAUGGGUAAAAAACAAUCUUAUUCAAGUCACCCAGACAGAUUCACUGAAAAUUGGCAGGUCCUGAGUAGAGAGAGUCUGACUGGACAUUGUUACUGGGAGGUGGAGUGGAGAGGAGGUGGAGUUGGUGUAGCAGUCACAUACAAGAAUAUCAGCAGAUCAGGGGAUGAAAGUGUAUUUGGAUGCAAUGACAAAUCUUGGGUGCUGGAUUGUAGAAAAACCUGUUAUAAGUUCUGGUACAACAACAUCAGCACUCCUGUCUCAGGUCCUCAGUCCUCCAGAGUAGGAGUGUACCUGGAUCACAGUGCAGGUAUUCUGUCCUUCUACAGCGUCUCUGAACUCAUGACUCUCCUGCACAGAGUCCAGACCACAUUCACUCAGCCUCUCUAUGCUGGACUUCGGCUUCCUUGGCCUUUUGGAGACACUGCUGAGUUCUGUAAACUCAACUAGACAGAAGUCAUUUAAGAAACAGUGGAUUAAAUUCUGUUUUCAUUCUUAAAUGUAUUUUGUCAUCCCCAUUCUCUCUCCUCCCUUUCCUGCCAGUCUAAAGCUGCUCUAUAAUAAAUGCAAAAGCCCUAAAGAAUAAUGUUUGGUUUUUUUAAAGUAUACUUCUCUGUGCUCUCCGUGUUAGCUCGAUAUAUGUACCAAUGCACUUGUAAGUUGUUGUUUCUCUUCCACUGCAUGGAUUUUAAGAGAGAAAACACCACAGCUUCAUUUAUCACAGAUAUUUUGCUUUGUUUUUAUAUGUAGUUAACCUGUUAACUUAGGUUCGGAAGCAGAACCACGCCUCAACCACACCUCUAAUCACCUGCCAAGCCUACUUAUGCGGGGUCAACCCACCCUACCCUUUCCCUUCCCUUCAUCCUUCCAUCUUCCGACCUCAUCCCUACCCUCAUCCCUUUAUCCCCUCAUCCCUUCACCCCUUCCUUCCUAUUCAAUCCGGUGCAUACCUCUUCCAUGUCUCAUUCUAGACACUGUCUGGGGGCCAGUGAUCAGCUCAGGUGGAUAUAUAUGCCUGAGCCGGAACCCCCACACUGAGUCUCCCUCUGCCCGGUCUUCUAUACAUCCUCCCAGACCAGCCUAACAGAUGACAUCUUCCCUCUACCUCACCCACAUCCAUUC